GUGCCAAGAUGUCCAAUGAGGUUGAUGCGGGGGACUAUGGGCCAAUGAAACGGCUCAGUACCAUGUUUUCAACCUUCCAGGAUAAGUUCCACAGAGACCAAAGCAGCACAGUCACACCUGAACUGUCACACAACUGUCACUGGUGGGUAACAAGUAACAAGGGGAAUUGUCACAUUGUCAUUUGAACAAAUCCUCAUUCUAAGGCUUUCACUGGCAUCUUCUACCCCACAGGCCAAAACCACCUUUAUGUAAGACUGAUGCCGUUGUCAGUGGCACUUCCUGCUAUCAUUUCUCUGUGUUUGUUUCUCCUCUUGUGGUUUCUGUUGGUUUACACACAGUUCCUCUUAGCUCUUUAGCUUCCUUUGGAGUGUUCUUUUUAUAAAAUAAAAUAAAAACAUGUUUUCCCACUUUUUUCUCCCAAUUUUGUGAAUACGAUCUUGUUUCAUCGCUGCAACUCCCCAACGGGCUCGGGAGAGGUGAAGAUCGAGUCAAGCGUCAUCCGAAACAUGACCCGUCAGACUGCGCUUCUUAACAUCUGCUCGUUUAAUCCCGUAAGCCAGCUGCACCAAUGUGUCGAAGGAAACACCGUUCAAUUGACGACCGAAGUCAGCCUGCAGGUGGCCGGCCCACCACAAGGAGUUGCUAGAGUGCGAUGAGCCAAGUAAAGUCCCUCCGGCCAACUCUCCUAACCCGGACGUUGCUGGGCCAAUUGUGCGCCGCCCUAUGGGACUCCCGGUCACGGCCGGUAAUGACAGAACCUGGGUGACGCCGGCUGCUGUGCUCUGGUUAGGCUGCUGUGCCACUCGGGAGGCCUUAAGUAUUUUGUUUUAAUCUAUAAAUCAUUGUAUAAGCAUCCGCCUAAACUAGUAUAGCGCUGAAUCCUAACUUAAAUAUUCACUCACAUCUUCCAUGGUCAUCAAUGCAUGAUAUAUAGCAAAUUACUUUGGCCUACUGGACUAGCAGAAUACCAAAAUAAAAUGAUUCUGUUCCAAGCCAUGUGGAGUUUGGAACAAAAACUAUUUCAUGGUCCUCCUAGACCAUUUAUGAGAACCACCAUUCCAAGCCACAGUUGACUGUCCCUCUCUGUCUGUGUUUUAGGGAGUGAUAGGGAUUUGACCCUGCCUCAGCCUACUGCCCCAGCCCUCGCGGUGACCUCUUUCUUUGAGUACCUGGUGGUGGUCAGCUUAGGGAAGAAGAGGGGGCAAGGGACGUAUGAACCCCAGAUCACAUAUCAGUUUCCCAAGCUUGCUAAUAUGGAGCUCUCACAGAGAGAGGAAGAAGAGAAGUCCCUGAAAGCCAUCCUCCUUUUCUGUUUCCCAGAGGGGGUCAACUGGGCCCCCCUCACUGAAUACCCCAGUGAGACCUUCUCCUUUGUUCUGACGGAGGUCGACGGCAGUAGGAGGAAUGGCUACUGCAGGAGGUUACUGCCCCAUGGCAAAGGGGCGCGGGCUCCGGAGGCCUAUUGCAUCAUCAGCCGGGUGGCCUGCUUUGGACUCUUUUCUAAGAUCUUUGAUGAGGUGGAGAAGCGCCGGCAGAUCUCUAUGGCGAUGAUCUAUCCAUUCAUGCAAAGCCUGAGGGAGGCGCCGUUCCCUGCUCCUGGAAACACUGUCAAGAUCAAGAGCUUCAUUCCAGAGUCUGGAACAGAGAUCAUCAGUUUGACGAGGCCGUUGGACUCAUGGUUGGAGCAUGUGGAUUUCCGGACACUGUUCCACUGUCUCACAAAUGAGGAGGUGCUGAAGGUGUUUGCGUCCACCGUGCUUGAACGACGAAUCAUCUUCAUGGCUGAAGAACUCAGUACCCUGUCUCAGGUGCUGCAUGCAGUUGCGGCGCUGCUCUACCCGUUCACAUGGCAACACACCUUCAUCUCCAUCGUUCCCUCAGUGCUGAUUGAUGUCGUCAUGGCACCCACUCCCUACCUACUUGGUGUCCAAAGGAGCAAACUGGAUGACGUCACCGACCAGAGUGAUAUGCUCAUUGUGGAUCUGACAGAAGGAGCAGAGAAAACCUUCAUAACCUGUAUAGGAGAUGAGAGCACCAUCCUACCAGAGAAACUACAGGAGGAGCUUCUCCAGGCCUUGUGUUGCAGAAGAGACAACUCCACCUCAGAGGAGUUAAACAAGGUGGUCUCGGAGGCCUUCCUCUCCUUCUUUGUGAAGACGGUGGGUCACUUCUCCUCCCAUGUCAAAGGCAGCAGCGGUAGGCAGCCCGGGGUGUUCCAGAAGAAGAGCUUCUGCAAGGCCUCCGAGCACAAGGCCAGCCAACAUUUUGUCAAGCGUUUUAUCCAGACACAGAUGUUUGACAUCUUCAUACAGGAAGUGGAGAGACGGCCCACACAGGAAGGAUUCUUCCACAAAAAAAUUGCGGAGUACCAAGAGAGUAAGAAGAAAGAGAAAGCAAAGAGAGGACAAUUACCAAAAACACAUCACCAGGCUGUGUAAGGACUAUUUGACCAAGGAGAGUGAUGGACUGCUGCGUCAGAUGACUUGGCCUCCACAAUCACCUGACCUCAACCCAAUAGAAAUGGUUUGGGAAUAGUUGGACCUCAGAGUAAAGCAAGAGCCGCCAACAAGUGCUCUGCAUAUGUGGGAACUCCUUCAAGACUGUUCAUAAAGCAUUCCAGGUGAAGCUGGUUGAGAGAAUGCCAAGAGUUUGCAAAGCUGUCAUCAAGGCAAAGGGUGGCUACUUUGAAGAAUCUCAAAUAUAUAUUUUGAUUUGUUUAACUUUUUUUGUUACUACAUGAUUAUUUCAUAGUUUUGAUGUCUUCACUAUUCUACAAUGUAGAAAAUAGUAAAAAAAUUGUAAAAAUAAAGAAAUCCUGGAAUGAGUAGAUAUGUCAACUUUUGACUGUUACUGUAUAUGGCACAGUUGUCCCUUGUUUUGGUUCUUAAAUACAAGUGAUAUACUUUUUUGAAAAUCAGAAUUGUCUUUAACCAAUGUUGGUCUUUAAUGCAGGGUAAACAGCCAAGUUCCUUACUUUUUCCCACUUCCACUUGCCUCUUCCAUUUUUGUGGUAAUGCUGGAUUUAGUUGGUUGUAUUUUUGGGUAGAGUGGACAUUUCCAUGUUUUUUGGGGGGGGUAAAAAUGUGUAAAAAAUAAAGUAAGUCUCACACUCAUGUAUAAACUCCCAGCAAUUUAAUGGGUAUUUAUCAACGUUUCGG